AUGGAUUUGAGCCGUCCACUCGAGCGAAGGCAUUCCAAUACCUCGGUGCCACAGUCUACCAUGGUAACUGCCGGAAUCUAUAUCGCCCCGGGUCAAAAUGUCGAUAUUCAACACUCCCACUUCGUCAUCAUGUACAUCGACGAUAACGGGAAACUUCAGAUACGCACCUCGGAUUCAAUUGCGGGCUGCGGCGGUGCCAUCUUCACGCCAGAGGUAACAGACCGCUUCAUGGAAAUGACCGUCCCGAGUCCUCAAUCAAACACGCAAUUUGCCCCAGACCCUAGCCAAACGCCAACGUCUUCACCAUGGGGCGUGCAGUCGUCUCCUGAAUGGUUCAAUACCGGUCAGACUCGACCAGCCGAAAUGAUUCCGUGCGAAUGGCAAUCCAACCAAAGUCGACGGAAGCGACGAGACAUGAAACGAACAGGAAUGGUCCGACCACCCCCGAAGGCGGCCUCGCCGCCUCCUACUCCACCACCUGGACGAACUGUUCUUCGCGUGGGUAAUCGAGACCUGCUGCGCCGAUACUACGAGAAGGCGUUUGAGGAUUUCCAGCAAUUAAACUGCCGCGCCAUUGCCAAGUCAUAUAUCAAACUCGUGGAGCCCCGGAAGCAGGUACAUUUUCCAUACAAUGGACGGAAAGUGAUUGCUGGUGUAUCGCAACGAGUUGAUCCUGAGAUGACCAAACCUGGAUGGUGGCCUGUCGGCGUCUUACACCGAGAACCGGACCAUCUUCUCAAGCGAGACCGUCUGCGGCUACUCGUUCAUAUCUUGUGCGAAAUGAAGGAUACCCACGGCGUGACUGCAGACAAAUUGCGCGAGGCUGGUCAGGACGUGCGGCGCCAGAUCAGCCCUCCCAACCGGCUGCAAGUUCUCGAUGAGAUUUAUUUCGUGCGCCAAAUGGAAGAACGCUUCCUGGACGGCAAGAUCGAUGCAAACACCUUGGUCCAAGUAACCCAGACCCAUCUCCCCGACGCGAUUUACCAAGAUGACGAGCUGUCCUCUCGGAUCCACGCCGCACCGACCACGUCCCUGGACGACGAAGAAGAUAAUGAGCCAAGCUCAGGCCAUAGCUCCCAAAUCGACGAAGCCGAGCAGUUCAUCCUCGGCAACCAAAUGCCCCCUCCCCUUCCACAAGCGACUCCAGCGGACCACACAGCCCAACCACCGGCUUCAGCUCAUACCCAAUGGGCAUGGCGCCUCAGAUGA